CUUGUGAGAACGUAUUUGUGUUUACAGCAACAAUAGAAAAUCCAGUGUUGACUGCGAAGAGGAUUUGAAUACUUGAAUCUGUUUUUUACCUGAGGAGGACAUUUGGAUUAUUAUUUUGAAGACAGUAGUGAUGAACGCCCAGCCUGAUGCCGAGACAGCCAACUCCGGUCUGUCCACCAUGCUGGGCAGUGAGGACAGUGACGAAGAAACCAGUCAAGAGGAGCCCUCAAUCCCAAACUGGAACGAGCUGUCCAUCAUAGAACGUGUAGGCCUCAACAGCAUGGAGAUGUCAGAGAAAGAUUUGGAGACGGCCUUCUGUCAGAUCGCCCUGGCCUUCCGCUGUGAUCAGUACACCCUGAAGCAGAGGCUGCAGGCGGAGGAGCACGCCCGCAACCUGGCUGAGGACAACAUCCAGCUGGAGCUGACCAGAGGAAGGGAGACCCUGGAGACGCUGAAAGGCCUGUGUCUGGACAGUAAGCGCAGUAUGAUCCUGCAGAGGCUGGAGCUGUCUCUGGACAUCCUCGGUGGGACCGUGGAACGAAUCUCCAACACAGCGGAGGUGCUCGGCGCUGUGCACCAGGAGGCUAGAGUGAGUCAUGAAGUCGAAGUGAUGGUUGCUCAUGUGGAGAAUCUGAGGAGACAACAUGAAAGAAACGUGCUAGAGCUGGAGGAGGCCAAGAAGACGAUCCAGCAGCAGAUCUCCUGCAGAAACAGCAUCGACCAAAGAGCAUCGCCAGAUCCAGAGGAAAGUGACAUCAGAAAGAAAAGCUCUCAUCAGAGCCUUCGUCGCAGAGUCAGCAUAACACUUAUUCCCAGCCAAAUCCAGGAGAAGAUAAAGCAAGACUUAAAGAAUCAAGCUACUCCUAGAAGGUCCUUCAGCAAGGAGUCCUUCCUCACCUGCCCGUCUCCCCCCCUGAGAUCAGAGUCCAGCUGCUCUGUGACCAAUGACAACAGCUACUCAGUGGACGACAGGCCACUGGAUCCAGAUGACACUCCGUCAGAAGCUCCAGCUGCUGAGCUUCCUUCAUCGAAACAACUGGCCACCAGAAAGAUACACAACAAAAAAUCCCCUCUGGAGACUUUGCGGCAGAGACACAAGGGCAAAGCUGCGUUAUCAAAGAAAAAGGCAGACAAGGAUAAAAAAAGUGCAAAUAUUUACCGACAGCUUUCUGCAAGCCCGUGUGGGUCCUUGUGGAGACAUCGUCCUCUGGCUCACUGGUUGUAUCGCUGUCGCUGGGCGCUCUUCUGCGUGUACCUGUUGGUGCUUUUCUGUGUCGUAACUUUGGCUUACCUUUUUGUGGAAGCUUCAUGAUGGGAUCACCUGGGCCAUGGACAUACAGUCAGCAGGACGUUGUCUAAAUUCUGUAACUGUA